AUGAAGUGCCUCAUGGUCGCCGCAGUAACCGCUGGUGUGGCAACGGUCCGAGUUACCGGAGGUUACCGAGGCGGUGGAGGUGCCGGUAGUUAUGGGGGCGCUCUGGGUGCCUAUGGAGCUAGCGGCUACGGAGCAGGUUACAGUGGGGGCGGGGGUUACGGCGAUGGCAGCAGUUUUGGAAGUGCUAGCUACGACAGUGGAAGUUAUGGAGGCGCAGGUUAUGUGGACGCAGGUUACCGUGGGGAUGUUGGAGGAUACCGUACGGGAAGCUUCGAAAGCGCGCGCUACGGCGGUGCGGAUGGUUACAGCGGAAGCUUCGAGAAUUCGCUAGGCAGUUACGGAGGCGGGCGUUACAGCAAUGCAGAUGGUUUCGGAGCCAAGGAUUACGAUGGAAAAGGCGGGAGCUAUGGCGGUGACGACUAUGGCGGUACUGUUGGAAUUCUUGGCGGAGCAAGUGGCUAUGGAAGAGGCGCCUAUGAAGGCAGUGGCGGUCUGGGUGAAGUCGGUAGCGUAGGACGACGUGGUUAUGGAAACGCAGCUGGAGGAUAUGCAGCUGCAUCGACAACGAACUCUGUAUCGUCCUCACUGACUUUGCCUUCAGUAGGAACUGCUGCUGUAGCGAGGGCUGAACGACUGAAAACAGCGGUUGAUCUGUCGGCGACACCAGUUGCUUCAACGGUGUCAUCGAAAAAUGAGGAAGUGGGCGAGCAGGACAAGAAGAAGGUAAAAGUCUGA